AUGAUGUUUUUUAUUUGGAAGUAACUAUGAAGCCACACAUGGCAUGAAAAUAAUGUACGAUUUCACGUGGAGAUAGCUUCUCCAUGAUAUCUCUUCAACCAAACAUCACUUUAAUGUUUGAUGACACAUUCACACUCUAUAUAAGGACGAUCGGUAGGAUGAUGAAAUUAAACCAAGUGAAGUAGCUCCAAAAAAAGGAAGGGGAAAAAAAAAAAUGGAGAAGUCACCAGCCUCUGAUCAUGUAAUUCAGUUCAUGGAUGAACAAGAUCACAGGAAGAGUACCGAUGAUGGUAAUUACAUGGCAGAAAUAAAACCUACCCAAAAUCCUUCAAAAUUUCAAACAAUUCGUCGCUUCACUUUCUCAAAACCAAAAGCUCGAGUCUUUGAGUUUUAUAGUACUGCUCCGAUCUUCCAAAAAACUUUCAAUUCAGACGACGAUUCUGAUGAGUCGUUCAAGCCCUCGUGUGAAAAGGAUGAAGAUAGUGAUGAUGAAUAUGAUCAGGAAUAUGGAAAAGAUGAUCAAGAAGGAAUAUUUGAUAUUAACGAAGAGUGCAAAAAAAAGACGAGAAAAAUCCCUAUUAGGCUUUUACUUGAAUGGUUGUUUUUGUUACUUCCAACAUCUUGUUUAAUAUGUGCUCUUACAAUUUCACCUCUCAGGAACAAUCCCUUAUGGGGUCUUCACUUGUGGAAAUGGUGCCUGCUGAUUCUUAUCAUAUUCAGUGGUCGCCUUAUUUCAAGUUUGGUCAUUCGAUUCCUAGUCUUCCUUAUUGAGAGAAACUUCAUGCUCCGCGAGAAGUUGUUGUAUUUCGUAUAUGGUCUUAGGAAAAGCUUCCAAAAUUGUGUUUGGUUAGGUCUUGUCCUUUUGUCUUUGAAUUUCAUGUUCAACUCGAAGCUCAACAAAAAAAACAAGAUGCUGACGAAAUUACGCGAAGCUUUACUGGCCUUACUCAUUGCUGCAACGAUCUGGCCUGUUAAGAUCAUUCUAGUCAAAGUUUUAGCUUCGUCUUUUUUCGUUGCUACUUACUUUGAUCGUAUGAAGGAAAGUGUUUUCCAUCACUAUGUUCUAGACGCACUUUCCGGUCCGCCAGUUGAUGUCAAAGAAAGGCAUAAAUUGAAAGAAUUGAGGAAAUUGUCCAAGCUAAAGAAGCUGAGUAUGCAAAGCAAGUCAUCAGCAUGGAGCGUGAAGAGGUUGGCUAAUUAUGUAAGGUUCUUUGGGUUGUCAACAAUUUCUAAGAGUGUGGAUGAGUUUGGGAACACUGAAACUAAGAUUACUAGUGAAAUGGAGGCUAGAAAUUGUUCCAGAAAGAUCUUCAAGAACGUGGCCAAUCAUGGUGCCAAGUACAUCGAGGAGGAAGACCUAAUGAGGUUCCUGAAUAGAGUAGAGAUAACCACCAUAUUCCCACUCUUUGAAGGAGCUGUUGAAACUGGACGGAUCACGAAAUCUGCCUUCAGAAAUUGGGUGGUACGAGCAUACUAUGAGAGGAAGUACUUGGCACACUCAUUGAAUGAUACAAAGACAGCAGUGCAACAACUUCACAAGUUAGCAAGUGGGAUAGUGAGUUUCAUAUUAAUUGUGAUUUCACUCUUAGUGAUGGGACUCUUGUCCACACAAAUACUUGCUCUUCUCCUAUCCCAACUUGUCCUUUUGGGAUUUGCUUUCCAAAACACUUGCAAGACUAUCUUCGAAUCCAUCAUCUUUGUGUUUGUUGUCCAUCCUUUUGACAUUGGUGAUCGUUGUGUUGUCGAUGGAGUUCAGAUGAUAGUUGAAGAGAUGAAUAUAUUGACGACAGUAUUUCUCCGUUACGACAAUGAGAAAAUAUACUACCCGAAUGCAGUUUUGAUCACAAAGCCAAUAAGCAACUUUUAUAGAAGCCCUGAAAUGUGCGACACGAUUUCCUUUGAUAUUGAUACCAACACUUCUAUGGACACCAUCAUAGCCCUAAAAAAGGCCAUUCAAUUGUACAUCGAGAGCAAGCCAAAGUAUUGGAAUCCAACACACUCUGUGAUAGUGAAAGGAAUAGGUAAUUUGCACACAAUGGGAAUGAUGCUAUGUGUUCAACAUACCAUUAACCAUCAGAACUAUGGGGAUAGAUGCAACAGGAUCACUGAGCUCAUCCUUGAGUUGAAGAAGAUCUUUGAGACCCUUAAUAUCAAAUACUCUCUUCUCCCUCAACAAGUCCAAGUGGACAUGACCAAUCUCAGAAAUUAAUAUGUCAUUCAAGAGGUAAAAUAUUGAGGUAGUUCAUUGCUAUGGGGAAGCUAAUCAAGUUACCGAAGGAGCAAAGUUGGCUAUUAUGCUUUAAGAAGGUUAUCAAGCAAUGUAACAACUUACCACAGGCCUCCAAAGGACCUUACCACCUUGACAGAUAGCAACUACCAAGUUUCAAGAUUCGUUAUGACAAAUCCAAUUUGUUUGUUAGUUAAAUUCUGUUAUUUCAUUACUGUCCAUGCGAGAUAUCUUUUUGUUGUGCAUAUAGUAGAAGAACACUUUGUUAUUAUAACUCUCCCAGCUUUUUGUAGAGCACCACUAUUAUUAUGUAUAGGACCAAUUCAUGCUUAAGUGUC